GGGCCAGGCAGCCGGGAAACAUGAGAAGGCCUCGGUAUCCCUGUUCCCGGGCCGCGCGCGCCUGUCUGCGUAAAUAAAGCCGAGACCACGGCGGUGGCGGCGGUGAGCGCCUGGGAUCCCGCGCGGAAAACAUGCGGCGGGCAUGGGAGUGCGCCUAGCCUCGACGCGAGAGAGCCAGCAGCCCUGCCGCCGGCCCCACGAUCCCAGAACCCGAGCCCUGAGGAGCUCCCGGUGGCCCGGCUCCUAGGCGCUGUGGCCGCGCGGGGCGCCCCUGCCCGCCCGCACCAUGAACACCAUCGUCUUCGAUAAGCUCAACGGCGCCGUGCUUUUUGAGGACCGCAGCGCUCCGGAGCGGGAGCGGGGCGGGCGCCCCUAUGGCGGCGUCCUGGACAGUCCCCACGCCCGCCCCGAGGUGGGCAUUCCGGACUGCCCGCCCCUCAAAGACAACCUCGGCCUGAGACACCGGAGGACCGGGGCCCGGCAGAACAGCGGGAAGGUGAGGCACAAGCGGCAGGCUCUGCAAGACAUGGCACGGCCCCUCAAGCAGUGGCUUUACAAGCACCGUGACAAUCCGUACCCCACCAAGACCGAGAAGAUUCUCUUGGCGCUGGGCUCGCAGAUGACCCUAGUGCAGGUGUCAAAUUGGUUUGCUAAUGCAAGACGUCGACUUAAGAAUACUGUUCGACAGCCAGAUUUAAGCUGGGCUUUAAGAAUAAAGUUGUACAACAAGUAUGUUCAAGGAAAUGCUGAGCGGCUUAGUGUAAGCAGCGAUGAUUCAUGUUCUGAAGAUGGAGAAAACCCUCCAAGAAGCCACAUGAACGAAGGGGGCUAUAAUAAUCCCAUUCACCAUCCUGUGAUUAAAAGUGAGAGCUCAGUCAUAAAGGCAGGAGUGAGGCCAGAGUCACGGACCAAUGAGGACUACGUGUCACCCCCAAAAUACAAGAGCAGCUUAUUGAACCGUUACCUUAACGACUCUUUGAGACAUGUCAUGGCCACAAACGCUGCCAUAAUGGGAAAAACAAGGCAAAGAAACCAUUCGGGAUCUUUUAGUUCCAAUGAAUUUGAGGAAGAAUUAGUGUCUCCUUCGUCAUCGGAAACCGAAGGCAACUUUGUCUAUCGCACGGACACUCUGGAAAAUGGAUCCAAUAAGAGUGCAGCUAACAGGAAGGGGUUGAGCAAGGAUGACACAUAUUGGAAGGAGAUCAAUGCUGCUAUGGCCUUAACGAAUCUCGCACAAGGAAAAGACAGACUGCAGGGAACCGCCAGCUGCAUCAUCCAGAAGUCGUCACAUAUAGCAGAAGUGAAGACAGUCAAAGUGCCCCUGGCCCAGCAGUUCUGACAGUCUGCGCAUUGCAGACCAGUGGCUGUCCUUCACACAGUUUUCUCACAAAUCCUCAUCUUGAGAGCUGAAGCAGGAGUGAUAAUGGCUCCCUUUGAAAUGUCUUCUUAUUUUUAAAUAUCCUAAAUAUUUCAUGUAGUUGCUUCUAUAAAAGACAUAUAAAUUAUAAAAACCCUCACUUUAAUCAAAAGUAUUAACUUAUUUUAUGUUAUUCAAACUAUGCAUACAAUGUCUGCAUUGCCAUCACAGUAAGUGCCUUGCUUCCUGAAAAUCAGCUACAACGUGGGCACAGCAGAGCAGCUAUGCCUCAAAAUGACAACGCCAUAAUGCUUAUUAGUCUCUAUGUGUUGUUCCAGAUGGACCUGACCAUUCCAGGACUGAAACCAUAAUUGCUAAAAGCCCUUGAAAUAUAUUCAAUAAUUCACAUGUGAAAACUUGGAAAUCCAUUCUGCCCAAAGGAAAUGUUCCUUUAAGAAAAAUUUCUGCCGUACUUAAAAUUGUUCGGUGUUCUUUGCAGAGUGACAGUAAGACUUUUAUGCAUGUAUCUUGCUUGCAUAUCUAAUACAUUACAAACUUUCAAAAUGAAAGGUGCAGUGAUCACAUAGUGUGUAAAAUUAAGAAGAAUCGCAAUGAAUACGUUGUGAUCAAAAAAGCUUUUUCCAAGCACUGCUAGAAAAUACAUGCCCUUUAGAGUUAAUUUGGAUUUUCUUUUUCUCAAGUUUUGCUGAAGUUUUUUUAAAAAAAUUAUUAUAUAGAUAACUCCAAAUUUUUCUGUGUAGAAGUAAACUUAUUGCUUAGUUUUAAAAUAUAAACUUGUUUGCUAUUUUUGUAAUGGAAAUUGCUUUUCUUAAGGAAUGGCUAAAAACCUUUUAUUUGGUUCAUUUCAAAUUACAAUUGCUGAUGGGCAAUUUAUUUUGCAAUGAGAACAAGAUAAUUAAAGAAAUGAAUCUCUCUGUAUAUAUAUAUAUAUAUAUAUAUAUAUAUAUAUAUAUAUAUAUAUACAUAAAAUUGAUUUUUAAAUUUAAAACAUAUGGACAAUAAAACAAACAGUCUCUAAAGUUUGCCAAGUAAGACUUUAAGUAAAAAUUAAAUGAAAUUGUGCAUUAAAAGAAAGAACAUUUUGUUUCUAAAUUAGGCUAUCAUUGAGUGAGAAUAAUCAAUAUGAAGAAAGAAGAAUAUCUUUUAUAAUCAAACAAUAAUACUCAAAUCAGCUUGAAACUUGAAUAAAAGUGGAGACACCAAAUAUAACAGUGUGUAUGUGCCACAGAGAUGUAAAAAGGAUUUCACUCUUUCAUGGGGGAAUUUUUUAUGUGUAUGUAAUAUAUUUUGUAAUUUUUUUAAACUGGAAAGCAUUUUUGUGAGUGUGAAUGAGAGCCAGUAGUGCAGCCAUAUGGUGACAUUUUUUAUUUUAUUUUGCAAAAUGCUUUUAAAACCAAAGGCUGCUCUAGUCCAUCUGUGGACAAUAUCAAUCUUGACGUAAAUUGUAGACACUUUUUCAUGUAACAUAGCAUUUGGGGAUUGGGUUUAUUUAGUGUAUGAAAAUAAUUUGAUAUAAAAAUAUUUUGUACAUAUUUUUACUUUGUUUUCUAAAUUGCUGUUUUCAGUAAAAAUAAGUGCAACGCAAGAUAUGUAAGUUAUGACUGUAUGAGCAGAUGAAGUAUGCGUUCUUUUGGUUUCCAUCCUUAAGUAGUUACAAAUCCAUUAUAAAAAGCUUUUCAAUCUUUGUAAAACAAUUUUGUCAAAAUGGGAUCAUAUCAAUGAAAACUAAAGACAAGUACUUCACUCUUUUUCAUACUAUUGUAAGUUAUUCUGGUAUUAAAUAUUUUAAUAAAUUGUUUUGUUUUGACAUAUUCCAGUUAGAAGAAUGGAUGCUGGUUGUGUUUAUUUGAAUUGGUUAUAACUCAUUGUUGGCAUUUUUUAAAAAAGAAAUCAGCAAAUGUGUUCGAUGUUAUAAAGUAUGGAUGACAAGCCAAUAUAGGAUGGCUACUCAUAUGUGUGUGUUUUACAUACCAAAGCUUGGAGUCUGGCCUAUAAACAUAUCAAGAAGAUUCUAUAAUUAGCACAUCCUUGGCAAUAUCUCCAAUUGCAAGUACUUUUAAUUUCUUUCUCUUGCUGCUUAACAUUUUCUGGAAACCAAAGUCCCCCUAAUCCUAUAAAAGAAUCUUGAACAAUGCUGAGCCAGCAGCUAAAAAUCUAACUCAUAAUUUAUGUUGCAGAGAAAUAGAAUUACCUCUAUGCUUUGUUUUGCCAUGUGUAAUCAUUUUAAUAAAAUUAAUAACU